AAUCCCUAGUAGUCGUAAGCAGGUUUGACGUGCACCAAUAAGAAUGUGCCAAAUAUUAUAUGACGUAAGUUGUCAAAAAUAUAGAAGUUUGAAGGCGGCUAGUAAACCUAACUGAAAAGUAUAAUAAAACGAAAAUCAGACACUGAAUUAGCUAUAAAGAAAGAAAUUUUGAGAAAAUGAGGUUUUUAGAAAUUUGCCUGACAUCUUUGAUAGCAAUCAUUGUUUCUGUUAAUAGUUUGAAACAGGGAGAAUGUGAAGUUUGUGUGAAAACAUUAACGAAAUUCUCAAAUACAUUGUCGGAGGCACAAAAAAAGGACCCAAAAAAAAUAGAGGAUGAAUUUAGAAAAUUUUGCAAAAACCUCAAAAACAAAGAGAAUAGAUUUUGUUACUACCUAGGAGGUUUAGAAGAAAGUGCAACUGGUAUUUUGGGGGAGAUGUCCAAACCUCUGUCGUGGUCUAUGCCUGCAGACAAAGUGUGUGAAAAGCUCAAAAAAAAAGAUGUACAAAUAUGUGAACUUCGUUAUGAUCCUGAAAUUGAUCUCAGAACCGUUGACUUGAAAAAAUUGAAAGUGAGGGACCUCAAGAAAAUAAUUAAUGAUUGGGGUGAAAACUGUGAUGGUUGCGUAGAAAAAUCAGAAUUUAUUAAAAGGAUCGAAGAAUUAAAACCACAACAUACAGAAUUAUAAGGCUGCCAAUCAAUAUUAGUACAAUUUCUAAAUAUCUGUAAUUUUGAGACAGUUUUCAAUGGUUUAAGAUGUUAAGACAGUUAAAAAUGCAACAAAUUGAUAAUUAAUUUGAACAGAUGUUUAUAUUUUGGAAUUUUUCCAUUAAUUAACUUUUUUAGUGAGAGGUUAGUUUUUUUUAAAGAUAUUCCAAAGAUAUUUCUACCACAAAACUUUUUUCAUUCGUUUUCAGAAUUACAUUUAUGAAUAUAUCUGUAUGUGUAUUUCAGUUUUUAAUUUAUUUAUUAUGAUUAAAGUAAUGGAUUUCUA